AUUUUAACAAAAGAAACUUAAUUGAUUUAAUAGAUUAAAAUAUGUUAAAAAUGAUAUAUGUCUCUUAUUUAUAAUUUGUAAAUGUGACAACAUUUACAUCACACCAAGUAUCGUUCCUUCUAAUUUUGUUGUUGUUUUUGUUUUUGAUGGCACUUAUAAAUAAUGUCAAUUUGUUUAAAGCAUAUAAAAUUCUGUGAGAUACAUUGUUUUAAACAUAGAUCACCAACAAUAGUUACACAUAAAUUCACUUUUAAAAAGACUUUACAUAAAUCAUCUUGUGGAUUAAAAUAUAUUGACAAGCGAACACCAUCAUCAUCAUCAUCGUCGUCAUCAUCAUCAUUAUCGUCUUCUUCAACAGGUGGUUGUCGUUUCGUAAGAAGUUUUGGGGAAUUUCCUAAGAAAAAGCAUGAUGGAUUAUCAUCCACAGACACAGAAACCAUGUCAUCUAACAGAAAAGGUAAUGGCCGAUUAACUUUAUUAACUGGAUCAAAAAAUCGGCGUAUAAGUGGUCGCCAUCAUAGUGUACAGUACAAUAAAGAAAAUGAACAAUCUACUAAAAAUGAUCAAAAUUGUUUGGAUCCAAAUAAAGUUGGCAAAGAGAAUUUGAAUGUUGGUUUACGACGCAAUACUGUCUGUAGUACUACUGGUGCUUUUAAAUCGAUUAGAACACGUGGUUUGAUGGAGUUGAGAAAGUCUAACAAAAAUAAUAAUGUUGAACAAACGAAGAAACUAAAGUCGGAAAAAUCCAAGUCUAUAGAUGAUUCAGUAGUAGGAUUGAUACAUUUUCGAAAGCUUACUCUAGAUGAUAAUAAUCUACAUAAGAUAACAGAUUGGAAUCAAAUUCAGAUUAAAAGUGAAGAAUGUGUAUUCCAAUGUCAAUCAUAUGAUCAAAUAAUUGAUGAUCAAUUUACAGGAAUAAGUACUAGUCAGGAAAGUGAUUUGUACAUAUGCAAAAAGGAUAAAAGAUUGAUUAAAUGGUCUGUUUUAGAAAGCACCAAAAUGAUGACAGCGUUAUUCUUUGAUGAAUUACCAAUAAUUUUUGAAAAAGAGAUUAACAAUGGAAUAACAGGAAAUGAAAUUCUUUCUGAAUGUUAUUGUGAUAAUAAUAACAAUAGGUCCAACGAGAAAGUAAAACCAUACUAUAGUCAUCGUUCAGUAAUUUCACUGCCACGAUCUGCAGCCGAUGAACAACAUUUGGGAGAAUUUCACUUAAACCAUGAACGCAUUUUUCGUUACUUAUUCAUCCAAGAUUUGAAAGCGGCUUCGUAUUAUCAGGCGAAUUUCUUGGAACGACAUGGUUUGACAGAAACUGUAAGAGCAACUCUCUGCGAUUGGAUGAUAAGAGUACAACAGUAUUUAAAGUUGCGCACAGAAUCAUUGCAUCUAGCUGUCAGUUUAGUUGAUCAGUAUACCUGGAGACAAAUAACUUUAUAUCCGUCAGAAUACCAGCUACUUGGUGUUACAGCAAUAUUUAUUGCUGUAAAAUUCGUUGAACGCUUCCCUCCAGCAACUAAAAUUUUGUGUUAUUUAACUGAGGAUUCGUAUAAUUCUAAACAGGUGCUAGAUUUUGAAUUUAAAAUGUUAGAAGCAUUGGAUUUUGAUAUCAAUAUACCCUUACCGCAUCACUUUUUAGAUCGUGCAUUUGCAGCUUGUAAUGAUCUAACUCUAACUGGCAAGGCAAAGAUAGAAUUAGUUUGUCGUUAUCUUUUCGAAUUGAACUUAACUGAACUAUCAACUGCAGGUACUUUAGCUAGUGUAAAAUGCGCAGCUGGCGUCUACUUGGCACGUGAACUUAUACGAUUAGAGUAUGAAAAUGGAAAAAGCGAAACAGAUGAUAUUCGGAUUGAAAAUAAUGGCAGUUUGGGUUUAUCAGUAACAUUUGAAACAUGGCCAAAAGCACUUGGCCUAAGUAUGGGACAUGAGGAUGUUACCAAUCUAUUGCCAAUGGUACUUACAUAUGUGCAAAAUAUUGUACGAACUUUACCAAUCUCCAAUAUAAACAACAGAAAUUACGAGGCUGCUUUUCAUAAAUUCAGUAAUCGAAGCUACGGCCGAAUAGCUCAAUCUAGUUUGCUUUUGGACGCUGAUUAUGAUUUUAUUGUACAAGAUAUCAGAAGAAAAAUGGCAUCCAAUUCAAAGCGGACAAAUAUAGACUGUCCUGAAGAAGGUCGGAACGUACAGCAAACAACUUUAAGAAUGAACAUGUGAUAAUUACAGUUAGUCCCCCUAUUAUCCAGAUAGAAAGAUUCAAGAUCAAAAUAUUCAGCUCGAUCGAUUACACUUGGACAUAGAUGCCAAGGAGAAAAUAUCUUUCUUAAUAGUUAAAUUAACAUUUGCUUCUCCCACCUGUUUAUGCAUCCGACGUUCUACAAUACAUAUUGUUGCUUUUCUCUGAAGAAUUAAUUUACUGCAUAAAAUUGUAAUAACUUCGAUUCGUCGAAUUCGUUAUUUUUAUCAACUACCUACCUUCUUUUUUUCUUUUUACUGAGUGGCAUAAUAUAUAUAUUUUUUUAUCAUUUAGUGUGUAUAUUCUUGUUGAAUAGAACUGACUUGUUUAUUCACUGUAAAAAGAUGUUAACCAUCCAAGAACUUCAUUCGCUCUUUAUAACCUUGCGUAAGUACAUCAUCACUUGAUUGAAUUAGGCAUAUUUCUUAGUUUGAUUUAGUGAUAAUAUUUCAAGUCAAUACUAACAGUUCGUAGAAAUAUCCAUGACUGAUUUACAGACUAACGAUCACAGCAACCAGUUUAGAAUUAUAAAUUAAAAUUUACAAUUCAUCACUGCCACAUUGAUCUGGUAUCAUUUUAAACGGUAAACGUAUUUUAAUUAGGAGAGCCUAAUAAAGGUUCGACAGUAUACCUCUUUUUUUUAAUUUGUCAAUAUCCUUGUAUAAUUGAGAUCGUAAGAAAUUAUUCAUUAUGUUUUAUUCAAAAUGUAAUGCAGAAGGUGGCUGUUGAGUCGGCUUUCGUAGAACUUCAACGGAGCCUCCAGAUGCCCAAAAGGAGCCGAAGAGUCCUAGCCAAUCAGAGCAUGAUGGAGCAUUCUAAAAUUCCAACGUGGCGUGUUACUAUUGGUAUGGUCAUUAGCAUAAUAUGUCGUUAACGGAUUGGCAGAAAUAUGGUGUUGAUUUAACAAACGCUAACAUCUAUAAAUACCCAUGAUUUUCUGUAAAAGAACGAACCUUGGAGUAAAGUAUUUUCCCUCAUA